AUGGAUGCAAUUGGCAUAUACAGAGCACAAAUAAGAGAAUUCUUUGAAAGAGCCAGAGGAGAGAAAAAAUACAAAUCACUUCUUCUUUCUUCUCCGCCCCCAAAGAGAAUUAUUAUUGACAUCCAAGAUAUUCGCAGGUUUAACAAAGAUCUUGCACUUGCACUCCAGGAGCAUGCAAUUUCACUUCUUCCUGCAUUUGAGGAAAUAGCCCAGGAAUACGCACAGCAUCCAAUAAAUAUUGGUAUCACGGGAGUGCUUUCCGGGGAGAAGAUAUCUCCAAGAACUCUUUUCUCCAAGUACAUAGGGCAUCUUGUCUCUAUUGAAGGCAUUGUCACAAGCACUUCUAUUAUUCGUCCAAAAAUUAAAAAGAGCGUACACUUCAUUAAGCAAACGAACUCCUUUGUAUACAAGGAGUACAGAGACAUGCACACUAUGUCCACACUUCCCCCUACCACAACAGCAAUCCCGAAGCAGUCCCUGGACGGAAACCCACUUGACCUAGAGUACGGUCUCUCUGAAUAUAUUUCGCACCAGACGGUGACUCUCCAGGAAAUGCCAGAACUCUCACAGCCUGGGCAGAUGCCGCGCGCUAUAACUAUUGUUCUGGAGAAUGACCUAGCAGGGGAGAUUAAGCCAGGUGACAGGGUCCGGAUAUACGGUGCAUACAAGUGCACGUCCACGCUUAAGGCCACGCAGGAUACUCUUCGCACAACUAUUGUAGGAAACAACGUGGAAAUACUUGGAAGAAAAGAGGCACAAGCAGGGAACACAGACUCAAUCGCAGAAAUUGUCCAGAUGGAAGGGACUCUUUCCCUCGGAAAGUACAUUGCCCCAUCUAUAUACGGGCACAAUGCCAUUAAGAAGGCAAUUCUUCUUAUGCUGUUAGGUGGACAAAGUGUCCAUACUUCAACAGGAGGUCGCAUUCGUGGGGACAUAAAUAUCCUUCUUGUUGGUGACCCAGGAAUUGCAAAAAGUCAGUUGCUGCGGUAUGUCUUGGAUAUGGCUCCGUUGGCCAUUGGGACUACUGGACGUGGUGCCACUGGAGUAGGUCUGACUGCUGCACUUGUGGCAGACGCAGAUACGGGUGCACGGCGUAUUGAGGCUGGUGCUAUGGUUCUGGCAGACACUGGAAUUGUGUGCAUUGAUGAGUUUGACAAGAUGGAUGAAACAGAGAGGGCUGCCAUACACGAAGCAAUGGAGCAGCAGACAGUCACCAUCACAAAGGGUGGAAUUCACACGACCCUAAACGCCCGGUGCAGUGUUCUUGCAGCUGCCAACCCAAUUUCAGGGAAGUACAGGACUAAUUUGUCGCCUCGAGAGAAUAUUCGCCUGCCUGAGUCAAUUCUCACACGAUUUGAUCUAAUAUAUAUUCUGGAGGACACGCUGGACCACGAUGCAGAAAUAGCAGAGCACGUUCUGGAGAGAAGAGUCGGCAAAAAGGCACCAGGUAGUGAUAUCCUGCAGAGUGAUCUGGCCAAGUACAUUCAGAUGGCAAAGGAAGUGCAGCCCGACUUAUCUGACGAAGCUGAAGAGUACAUUGGUGCAGAGUAUGUGCGCAUACGUGCAGAAGGAGAGGAAAACAGAACAAGCUUGUGCAGAAGUAUUACAGCUAGAUUGCUGGAAAGCAUGGUUAGGCUGGCAACAGCGCAUGCAAAGGGAAGGCUCUCUUCUGUUAUUGAAAUUGAAGAUGCAGCUGCUGCAGUUGAAAUCCUGGAGAAUACGCUCUGGAGGAAGAGUGUGCGAAGAAGAGGAAGAAAGGAGCAGUCCCAGGAGACACUGCACAAUAUCCUGUACUCUUACAGGGAGAAUAAUCCAAACGACAGAAUUGUUUCUGUGGAGAAGAUUGUCUCACUGUGCAAUGCAUCCAGAGAGUCUGUUCUUGAAGGUCUCCAGGAAUUUGAGAAGGAAGAAAUCAUUAAAAUAUCGAAUGGAAUGAUCAUAUUCCCGUAG